UUUUUUAAUACGGAAUACAAGGAUAAAUCAUUCCUUUUCGAGCAAAGAUUCCGUUUGUAGUGAAUUUUGUCACCCUCGACUUCAAUGGCUCCACCACUGUACACCAUGUGAUAAUCAUUCCUUGCUUUAGGUUUUGUUUCUUUCUCUACCAAAAUUUGACUCACUAACUUCCCAGCCACAAUCACGCCGGAAUCCGGCGAUGUCUUCACCGCCUCCGGAAGCUGCUUCGCCACCCAUUUCGCCGCCUCCGCCGCCGUCACCGGCGGUCAACUCCACUGUUCCCCCUACCCCCGAUAACACCACCACUCCGCCUUCUCCGCCCCCGCCGCCGCUGGUGGGGAAUGGAAUUUCGCCGCCGAUUCUUCCACCGCCGGGAGGCCCGGGAUCGCCUAAUACUCAAUUGAUUGCGCUUGGAGUUGGAGUUGGGCUUGGAGGGGCAAUUGUGUUGAUCGCUGUGGGUAUUUUUGUACUUUGGUACAAGAGGAAGAAGAGACGUCAGGCCUCUGUUACGCUCACACCUCCACAAGGGUCCAAAGGUGACCCUUUUGGUGGCCCACAUCGGCAUUGGCAACAGAAUGCUCCUCCACCAACAGAUAACAUGGUAGGAACGCUGCCAAAACCCACUCCUCCACCAGGCAUUGUAUCGGAACUAUCUACAGCGUCUGUUCCCACUCCCCCGCCAAUAUCUUCAGUGGACAACAGUUUGGGCUCUGAAAGGCCACACCCAGAACCAUCCCCUGGCACUCUAUAUGGUUUCUCAAAGACCACAUUCACAUACGAAGAAUUAGCACGGGCAACAAAUGAUUUCUCCAAAGCCAACCUUCUUGGCCAAGGUGGCUUUGGAUAUGUCCACAAGGGAGUCCUUCCAAAUGGGAAAGAGGUUGCAGUUAAGCAGCUAAAAGUUGGAAGUGGGCAGGGAGAGCGUGAAUUUCAGGCAGAAGUUGAGAUUAUUAGUCGUGUUCACCACAAGCACCUAGUUUCUCUGGUUGGAUAUUGCAGUUCUGGGAUUCAGAGACUGCUGGUUUAUGAGUUUGUUCCUAACAACACGUUGGAAUUCCAUUUGCACGAGAACGGGAUACCUUCUAUAAACUGGAAAACUAGGAUGAAAAUUGCUUUAGGCUCUGCAAAAGGAUUGGCAUAUUUGCAUGGGGAUUGUCAGCCCAAGAUCAUACAUCGUGACAUCAAGGCUUCAAAUAUUCUUCUGGAUUACGAUUUUGAGGCAAAGGUGGCUGAUUUUGGUCUUGCUAGGUUCAAUUCUGAUACUGAUACUCACGUCUCCACCCGCGUAAUGGGAACUUUUGGUUAUUUAGCACCAGAGUAUGCGCUUACUGGGAAACUGACUGAUAAGUCGGACGUCUUCUCCUUUGGGGUCAUGCUUCUAGAGUUAAUCACUGGACGCCGGCCUAUUGAUAAAGCUGAAUUCUACAUGGAUGAUAAUAUAGUUGACUGGGCAAGGCCUUUGCUGACAGAAGCUUUGGAAAGCAGCAACUUCAAUACUCUUGUUGAUCCAAGAUUGCAGAAGGAUUAUGACUCUAUUGAGAUGGUUCGAAUGGUUGCUUGUGCUGCUGUUUGUGUACGUCAUUUGGCACGACUUAGGCCACGAAUGAGCCAGGUAGUCCGAGCUUUGGAAGGAAACAUGUCUCUUGAUGAACUAAAUGAAGGUAUUCGACCUGGGCACAGCACCGUCUACGGUUACCACGGGAGCUCGGAUUAUGAUUCUGCCCAGUACAAAGAGGAUUUGAAGAAGUUCAGGCAGAUGGCAUUAGAAAGCCAACAGCUCAAUGCUAGUGAAGUAAGUGGCCCAACCAGUGAGUUUGGUCUGCAACCAUCUGGCUCAAGCAGUGAAGGUCAACAAACGACUCAAGAUAUGGGCUCAAGCAGUGAAGGUCAACCAACUACUGGACUUGGAAAUGGGAAAAAUAAAGAAAAACUGGGUGAAACUUCUUGAAAACCAAAUACAUUUAUGAGUAAAGAAAAUUAGAUAGAAAUUCCUUGUGCCCUUUUUAGGUGAUUGUGAUGCUGAGUUUAUAAAUUAUUUUCAUUUUUUACUAUUCAUUUCCUUAAUUCAAAGAAUCAUUGAGACAUUAGAGUUUGACUCACCCCGACCAAAUUAGAUUAUGAAAAUGAAAUUUAAAGAAUUGCAUGCA